ACAGCACGUGACAUUGUUGUUUACAAAGGUAUCUACUCGGUGGCGUAAACCCGCUAGACUGAAGCAGACAGACGUUUCAACAUUUAUUUGAUAAAACAAACAGCUAGACUUUCAUAACCAUCGCCAAUAUGUCCAAACUACAGUUGUUGAAUAUAUUCGUCACCGAGCGUUUAUCCGCGGCUGCUGUGGAGAUAUUCGGGGUCGUGGAGAAGACCAUAGCAGAGUAUCAGGAAGAAAUCUGCCGUUCAGCGGAGGAGAACGACCGUUUACGGAGGGAGAUGGACAUGAUUAUCAAAUCAGAGAUACAGUUAUACAAAACAGACUUCCAGCUACUGUCUCCUGCCGUUCACCCUGAGCAGCAGAACCGUGAGCAGGAGUGGAGCCCCAGUCUAGAGCAGGAGGACCCAGAACCCACACAGAUUAAAGAGGAACAACAGGAGCUCAGACUCAGUCAGGAGGACUCACCUCAGCCCUCACAUCUUUACCUAAACCAAACUGUGGAUGAUGGAGAGAGGAGCGCUCUACCUAUCAUCAUAACUGAAGAGAUCAAAACAGAACCUGAUGGAGAGGGCUACAGAGUACCACAACCAACCAGUGAUCAGGCCCUCUCAGUUCAUCCAGACUGCUCUGCUGCAGUGGAGAAACUAUAUCAGUGUCAACAAUGUGGCAAAAGCUUUACACGUAAGGGAAACUUGACCUUGCAUUUAAAGAUACACACAGGAGAGAAACCUUAUCUGUGCAAACAAUGUGGCAAAAGGUUUAACCAGAAGAGCAACUUGACCAUCCACACAAGGGUACACACAGGAGAGAAUCCCUAUCAGUGCAAACAAUGUGGCAAAAGGUUUAACCAUAAGAGCAACUUGACCAGCCAUACAAGGAUACACACAGGAGAGAAUCCGUAUCAAUGGAAAGCUAUUUAAGACUUCAUCAGUGUGUUCACACGGGAGAAAUCUUACCAGUGCAAAUAAUGUGGCAAAAGCUUUGGUUAUAAACAGCCAUACAUCACAUAUGAGCACUCACAUUAAAGGGCAUACAUAUUACUGCAGUGAGCACAGCAAAAACUUCAGCCUAGAGUGAAAGUGAAAACCACAAAUGAUACUUUGCAUCAUUGUGGAUUUCUUCUCACAUCCAACUUGUAAAUUAAUGUUAUGUUCUGUUUUCUGGCACUUGACGACAAAACAAAUUGAGUUGUGAAAAUCAUCACUGAGUAUUAGAUUUCUUAGCUGAAACUCUCUCACUUUCAGAGACCUACAGUGCAUUCGGAAAGUAUUCAGACCCCUUGACUCUUUCCAUUUUGUUACGUUACAGCCUUAUUCUAAAAUUGAUUAAAUAGUUUUUUUCCCUCAUCAAUCGAUCAAUCGAAAUUUUAGCAAAUGGAUCUGUACUUUGCUCUGUUCAGCUUUGCCUUGAUCCUGACUACCUGAAUUUCCAGACUAUAAACUGCUACUUUUUUCCCACGCUUUGAAUCUCACGGCUUAAACAAUGACGCGGCUAAUAUAUGGAUUUUUCCCGCUUUCAAAAAAACACAUUCUGUGACGUGCUCAGUUUUUUGGCGGCAUGAAGCUUUCAUUAGACCAAUGAAAUUGCCGAACGGGUUAAGGUCAAACAACUUUUUUGUUUACUGUUUAGAUUAAAUCGAGCACUCUCAAACUGCACAUCAUUCUGAUUACGGUAGUCAUUUUGUCACCAUCAUCAUGG